AUGCCCAACUCCCGCCAAGGCGGGAAACCGUCUUCUCCAACGACUCAGCUACUCAACAGCAUCGGCAUGACGCGUGACGACCUUCGUCGACACAGCGAACAGAUGCGCCAAUUUCUAACCGUCGACGAGGGCCGCACAUUCGCGCCGCAAACCAUCAAGCAGCGUUCGAAGCCAAGGGCUCCCUUUCUCAACGAAAAGUCGCGGUCUAGUUCCUCUGCAAACGCGUCGGUGCCGGCAUAUUUGCCAACAUCGCCUCGGACGCCUGUCAAGUCUGAGCCAGUCGAAAAAACGACCCUCUCCCGGCCACUGGACACAAUGGAGAUGAUCCUAGAGCACAAAGUGAAGGAUAAGAAAGAUCGGAAGCAUUCAAACACGCAACCGCGCGAUGACCGACGCGUUCAGCAGCCCCUCUCCUUCAUAUCUUCACGCAGUUCGACACCCCAGGCACUGCCCGAGACUCCUCACCAUUACAAGUACUAUAGUGAACGUGUCGUGAGUGAGGCUCUUACGCCUCAGCGUCCAUUCCCAUCUCUAAUUACAGGUAUUCAUGCCAUCCCAAUAACACCCCGUCAGAAUACAUAUACACAACUCAAAGGAUCGGCUCUUCACUUGGCUGGUUCUGAUACGCCCUCUGGUCGCCACAUAUAUUCCGUAUCACGCACGCCACUGCUAACAUCAUCGCCUUGCUCAAGUCCUGUUCGUGUUGUGAAUUUAGUAUCGUCUCCGGGACCCAUGCGGUCUUCCCCCCUCCCUGAGGACGAGGAUGAGGAACUCCCUUAUAUUCUCCCUCCGGGUCCCUACUCUGAUGUCAAGCCCGACUUCGCCUACGCCGGCUUGAUUGGUCAGGCGAUCCUAUCCUCCCCCCAGCACCGUCUGACACUUCAGGACAUUUAUGAAUGGAUUACGACUGUAUACCCGUACUAUAAACGGGGGGAGCAGACUUGGAUGAAUUCUAUCCGGCAUUGUCUCAGCACGAUGGCGGUAUUCAGAAAAGUUCCACGUGGCCGUACGGAGGGGAAAAGUCUUUGGGCUAUCUUCGACUGCGAUGUUGAAUGCUUUGUUGGUGGUGGGUUUAAGAAGAGCCUGUGCACAGAUAUGGUAAAGGCAAAUCAAGAAAAAGCAAGCAAGCGGAGUGCCAGAAAACGUGGGGCCAUGGCCAUGGAAGAGUUAACCCACAGAACGAUAAAGCGUCAAAGGAAGAGUGACAGAGAAGGCGGUUCAGCUGGAUGCGUAGCUGGGCCAAUCCCAGCCAUUGCUCCUGCACCCAUAUUGCCUCCCCUUUUCGCGUCUUUUCAGACAAAUCCCCAACACCAGCCGUAUUAUCAGCCAUAUUUACCACCUCCAAUGCCAGCAGAUGUCAUCUUCCCUCCGUUACCUCCAUCAUCUAACUUCCAUAGGAUGGCUACUAUCCAAACUCCUUCUGCGUCUGUGCGAAAGGCGGAACACGAUCACUCACACCAGAUACUGGUUGGGGAUCUGGAUCUACGUGGUUGUAACUCCUCGUCAUCAUCCUCCGUACCCUCUUUGACGCCGAGUUGUUCUUCAUCUUCAAGUCCUCCAUUAUUCUCGCUUUCGAGUUUGGUCGAAGGUGACGCGGAUUCACACAGAGUUCAUACGCCAUCAUCUAUGGACGAAGCUCUUGCGUUCUUAAACGACGACUCCGAUGGUGAGGAUUCUGAGUGGCUGCGUGGUGCGCCCGUCGUGGAUGCUAUACAGGGCGUUAUCACAUUACUUGGAUGUGAGGAUAGUUUAAUCAAAGAGACCAAAAAAGACAAAGAGAAAUCGAUCCGCAAACAAAACCAGACAUUAUCUUCCCGACCCGUGCAAGUGUCUCCGACCCUUGAACGCAGGGCAGCCAAGCAACGCGGGUCGCUGAUCAACGAGCCUAUAACAACCCCUCCUCGGCCGGUACAGCUACCCACCGAGCCAUGCACACCACCUCGUAGACUCAUUACACCACCUCGCACACAGCGCGUGACUAGCAGCGGCUUACAUUUAUCUCCAAUCAGGACUCCGAUUUCUCAUGCCGGCUUGCAUAUGAGCCCCUCUCCCAGCCUAUCCCAUUACAAGUCUAACUUGGAUCCCCCGCCAACUGCGGCUUACUUCCCGCAAGCGCCUCUGCUCAGUGCUCACGGAGAAGAACCAAAGACCCCGCCACCUGUGACGCGUUUGGAUGAUGUGCAUACACCUUCGCGCAAACGGUCAGCACGAAAAGUUUCCGGCCCCGGGUCCCUGUUCAACCUUUCGCCAUUUGCCCCUGUAACCCCGAACCGGGGUACACAUCAGGGCGGGAGCAACGACUCUCCCUUCCGCACCCCAUCCCAGUUCUUCUAUGACCCCCACGAUCCCACCACCAUCCUUAGUGAAGAACUCGCUAGCCGAGCCUUCGACACUAGUCCUGGCCUAUUUGGUUCUAAACGCCCUCGGCAUAGUUUACUCUAUGAGAGCCCAACGGGAUCGAGCCCUUCUAGCUGGGAUCGACUGUGGUAG